CAUUUAUGGAUUUUCUUUGAUGUCCUUUAAUUUUGUCCAUCUUUGCUUCAAAAGUAUAUUCCUUUCUUUUCUUUUCCCUGCAUAUAUGCUUCCCUUGACCUUGUAAAUGCAGGCAAGUAUAUUUUAGAGUGUAUGUUUGCAGACUUUUGUAUAUAUAAGAUCAGAGAAUUGAAGUCCAUUUGUUUAAUUUGGUACGGUGCUUAUUAUUUUAUAUGUUUUCUUGAGAGCUGAGCAGCACGUACUACCAAUUGAAUUAAGUAUUGGAUUAAAUGGAUCCAGGUAUGUAUAAAGCGGCAGUGAAAGGAAACACUGAAGAUUGGGUUAUUGUUCAGCAAAAGGCAUCUGAGUUUAAGAGCAAUGUGACCCCAAAGGGAAACACUGUUUUGCACAUUGCAGCCCGCUAUGGUCACACCCAUCUGGUGCACAAGAUUUUGGAAGUAUGUGAUGAUGCCUUGUUGUUGUUGUGUGCCCAGAACAAGAAAAACGAAACCGCCCUUCACAUUGCUGCUAAAGAAGGCCACACCCAUGUAGUCUCUGCGCUCAUCUGCUAUGCCAAAAAACGGCCAGAGCUUGAAUCAGGGAUUGGAGUGAGGGGGAGGCUGAGAAUGAGUAACAGUGAUGGCGACACCGCUUUGCACAUGGCUGUGCGGGGAGGCCAUCGUGUUGUGGUCAAACAGUUGGCAAAAGAGGACGAUGAAUUUGAAUUCCCCGGCAACAAGAUGGGAGAGACGCCGCUUUACCUAGCAGCCAUGCUCAGCUUUCAUGAUUGUUUGUCAGAUAUGUUGAACAGUAGCAGGAAGCCUGCUUAUGGGGGACCUCUUGGCCGCACGGCUCUUCACGCAGCAGUAAUUUCUAAAUCAACAGAUUGCGUGAAAGCAUUGUUAGCAAAGGAGAGUGGUUUAGGUGAGGUGGGUGAUAUAUAUGGUUGGACACCGCUACAUUAUGCUGCAAAAUUUAGUGAUGAUGAGGGAAUAAUUGUGGGUGAGAUUGUUGGGGUAAAGAGUUCCCUUGCAUACCUCCCAGCACCUUGCAAAGACGGUGGUGGGUGGACAACAGCAUUUCACAUUGCUGCAAGUGGAGGUGGUGCUGGUGGCAUUAAAGCAAUGGAAGCCAUAUUGAAGCAGUGCCCGGACGCCUGGGAGAUGGUAGAUAGCAAAGGCCGAAACGUCCUCCAUGAAGCCGUUGCCAAUGACAGAAAAGAUGUCACCGAUUAUAUCCUCCAAAACCAUCACCAUCAUCAUCCCAAUUUGGAUCACCUCAUUGACGAGAAAGAUGAUGACGGCAACACACCUCUACACUAUGCUGCUGCUACUAAUAAUUAUUAUGAGCGGUGGUAUGGGCUAGGGUUCUAUUUGCAUCCCAGAGCAGAGCUAUUAUUCAGGUUGGGGUUUAGUAAACUUCUCGCCACUCCAUGGGAGGAGGAAAGUAUGUGUAGUGUUAUUAAAAAUGGCAGCCGUGGUGUAGUGAACCAGCAACAAAAGAAAGCUGCUAAUGCAAUUAUUGGUGGUAUGACGAAGUCAGCUAAAUCAGAAAUAAUAGUGGCGGCUUUGAUAGCAACCGUAACCUUUGCAGCUGCUUUUACAGUGCCAGGUGGCUACGAUGAUGACGGUCCAGGAUCAGGGAUGGCAGUUCUAAGAAGAAAAGCAGGUUUUUGGGCUUUUGUUAUUGCGGAUACGGUUGCAUUUGUAUGCGCUUUUGCUGCACUAUGUGGAUACAUACUAUUGCUGCAAGCAAGCGCAUUAGGGUGGUGGAGACAGAUACCCAUUUCUAUGCUGAUAUAUUAUCACUACUCGGUGCUUAUGCAUAAUGUGUGCGGGGCGGCCGUCGUAGUGGCGUUCGUCAGUGGGCUCUACACUGUUUUAGUACCUUCAACCACCCUCAAAUCGGUUGGCGUCUGUGUUUGUAUUUGUGUCUGCAUCUUUUGCAUCAUUGGCUAUACCCGCUUCUUUACCUUUAUCGACCGCCUCAUUACAUGGAUAUUGCAACGGAAAAAGAUCGGCGGAGAAAUUGGUGUUAGAUCUGAAUAUAGCCUAAUGUUACUAAAUAGAAUCUAUGAGAAAUCUAAUCUUGUAGUAGAGAAAGAAACAAGGUAGAUCUCCAGCUUUGACUAGUGAUAAUAUUAUCUGAUGGUAAAAAAGUGUUUAUCUAUUUACUUUUACUCGUCUUUUAGUUAAUUAGUGCAGUGGUGUUUGGUAA